GCUCAUGAGCGAGAACUCCAUGCCCUCGCUGAAUCUUUGCGUGAGAAGGUGCGCGACAUCAAUCUCACUUCCGCCGACCGUGAGGCUGCUGCUCGCCAGCGUUCGGGCCAACUCGAGUGUCAGCUUGCGGAGGCACGUGCCUCCAUCGGUAAAAUGCAGGAGGAAUUGGCCAGACAGAGCCAAAUGUUGGAUCAGCUUCGCCAGCACCCCCAUCAUCUCCACCACUUACAGCAGCAGCAACAGCCUCUCACCUCUCAACAGUUGCUGUCACAGAAGCCUCUUCUUGCUUCUGUGGAGGCCAACGGCCUCAGAUCUGAAGCGCCGGGAGGGCCGCCCCUCGGGUUGGCGAUUGGAUGCGAAAUGACGGAAGCAUCUGUCCUAUCCGUCAGCCCGGAACCGACUCCAAACCUGGCCAGACCGAAAAAGCCGCCCAGAAAGACUUCUUCCGCCUCACAAGCCGGUGAGAUCGUUUUUGCCUCAGCACAGAAAAUACCACCAAAACGGCACUUAUACCUUCAUUGCGCGAAAUAUGAUUUACAAAAUCCCGGUUGCCUUGCCUGA